CCACAUGGAGCUCCACUGUAGUUACUGAGAUUCUCCAUGUACACAGUACGCUUGCUCCAGUCACUUACAGGACUGAGCCUUAAUUUUCAGUUUAUAAUUUUGACACUUAAAAAAAGUCUUCUGAGUAAUUCCUAACAUACAAAUAUCUAUCUAUCUGGUGACAGAUAAUAGAGAUCUGAACCCAUUUUCAUGUUGCCGUUUUUUUGGUUCUCUAGUAAAGGUUUUGCAAAGAAAUGGAGGCAAACAGCUGAUUUUAAAACUCGCAUCAUAUUGAUGCCCACUGUUAUGUCAUUGAUGGCGUUUUGUGUUACCCUCCCUUAAGUUUCUCUCUUUUUGCCAUCUUUGACUUUAAAUUAAUUUCUCCUUAGAUGCAUGCGUUUGCUUUUCAGAAUUGUUGCAAACUACUAGUCUUUCAGUUGUUGAUUUGGGUUAGCUUUGUUAGGUACCUAAAGAUGGUGUUUUAUUGUAAUUGUUCGCUUUGUCUCACUUCUUCUAUAGCUGACAUUUCAUUGUAAGUAAAAUGUUUCAUGUACUUGCAAAAGUAUGCACACACUUGGAUAUGAUCCAAACUGCAAGUAUACCUCAGUGAACACUUUUUUAAUAUCUUCUCUUGCUGAGUUGACAUAAAUGUUGUGGUUUAGCGCUUGUAAUUUUCUGAAGCAAGUACACUAUAAAAUUGAUUGUUCAGAUGGUCUGUACGGCGUUUUUCUGCCCUUUGUGGUUAUCACUGCUAUAUAAUCUAUUUUCAUUUCUUUCAGAGCAAUUGAACAGAUUUGCAGGCUUUGGUAUUGGCCUCGCAAGCCUAUUUACAGAAAAUGUGUUGGCACAUCCUUGCAUUGUCCUGCGUCGUCAGUGUCAGGUGAAUUAUCAUGCUCGGAACUAUCAUCUCACUCCAUUCACUAUUGUCAAUAUUAUGUACAGCAUCAAUAAGACACAGGGUCCAAGAGCUCUUUGGAAAGGAAUGGGCAGCACUUUUAUUGUUCAGGGCAUAACCCUUGGAACAGAAGGCAUCAUCAGUGAAUUUACACCUUUGCCAAGAGAGCUUUCACAUAAAUGGAACCUGAAGCAGAUAGGUGGCCACCUUCUCCUCAAAGGCUUAACACAUGUGAUAGCGAUGCCUUUUUAUUCUGCAAGCCUGAUUGAAACUGUGCAGAGUGAAAUCAUUCGAGAUAAUCCUGGAAUUCUGGACUGCGUGAAAGAAGGGAUCGGCAGAGUUGUAGGCAUGGGAGUACCCCAUAGCAAGCGUCUCCUUCCUCUAAUGGUGUUGACUUUUCCAACUGCUCUACACGGAGUUCUUCACUACGUCAUCAGUUCCAUCGUCCAGAAGCUUGUUUUGUUUGUUCUGAAAAGGGCGAAUGCCCACAACCUCCCAACAGAGAGCUCCACUUCUGUGCAGAGCAUGCUGGAUGCAUAUUUUCCAGAACUUAUUGCUAGCUUUGCUGCUAGCCUUUGUGCUGAUGUCAUGCUUUACCCUCUGGAGACAGUUUUACAUCGCCUUCAUAUUCAAGGGACACGCACGAUAAUUGACAACACAGACCUUGGCUAUGAAGUGCUUCCCAUCAACACUCAGUACGAAGGCAUGAGAGACUGCAUAAAUACUAUAAAACGGGAAGAGGGAAUGCUAGGUUUUUAUAAAGGAUUUGGAGCUGUUAUAGUACAGUAUACCUUGCAUGUAGCUGUUUUACAGCUCACCAAAAUUAUUUACUCUACACUGCUUCAAAAUGUUUCUUAACUUGUUCAAGUGUGGGUUUAGCACAGUGGUCUAGUUAUUUCCCGACUUAAUUAUUGUUAAAAGCGGCUUAGAAAUGACACUGAAGAAUACACUCUAUGGAUUCUAUCUACACUGUAAAAGAACUUGUUUUAAAAAUUGGAAUUUAAAUUCCUAAAUGUCAUUGAAAAAAUAAUACUUAAAAUGAUUAACACCAAUGUGUGGUCAUACAGAAGGGAAUCAGAUUCUGGUUGGAAUGAGGUUUUAUCUUGCCUCUUACCAGUUAACUGGCAUGAGGAAUGGAUAGGAAUUUUUCAUCUCUGCUUUAUAAACAUUGUAUCUGAUACUUAAUUUGGACUGCUAGGCGGUUCAAAGGAUUUGUUUGCAUAAGUUGUAGAACUUGCAAGUGGGAGACCGAUGGGUUUACUGAUCUUAUUUUAAAAAUGUUUUCACCAUCACUGUUGAGGGAGCUGUGAGCAAAAUGGAAACCGUAAAAUUUGACUAGAUGUAAAUGUCAUAAUUUCCAGAUACACAGAAGAUUUUUCUUGCAUUCACUGCUGCAGCGUGGCAGGAGAAGAUGAGGUGAAGUCCUUUGCUUUCAACAAAAUACUCUGCAACAAAAACUUGGUUUUGGACAAAGUUAAGCAGAAUGCAGAGCUUGGUUGUCUUGCAGUUUGUUAGCAGGGCUGACAGUAACUGAAGUGCGUGACUAAAGAGAAUUAGAAGCUGAUUACAUGCAUGUAUAAGUAUCAUUUUUAGUCAGCUUUCCACUCAGAGCUUGAGAGUUUAGUUUUACUCUGGCACGUUGUAUAAGAGUAGAAUAAUCAUGCAAAUGGAUUUAGUAUCAGUGUUCAAAGUAUACUGAAAGCAUAAAAGAUUAAUUGGCAUUUUCUAAAGUUUCUCUUUUGUUAGAUUGGAGAGGUAUGUACACAUGUAUUGAAUAGCUAUAUAUAUAAUGUCUGUUUAUGAUUUAGCACUGAUGUCCCUUAUUUAAAAUCUCUAUUGGAUUGGAUACUUUGUGAAGCCGAAUUAAGUCUGUUAACAUGUAAGCUGACUACUGAAAUGUACUACUCUUUGCCCUCUUUCCCCAGUAGAUCAAGACUUUCCGUCUGAAAAUGAGUUUUGCUCAUUCUAAAUAACUUACAAGCAGUAACAGAAUUUUUGAUUUCAUCGGUGAAUUUAAUGAAAGCUUGGAGGGAAAAUGAUCUUAGCAAGUACAAGAAGUGUGUGGAGAAUCACUUUUAAAUUAUAUGAAAGACUGUUGUCAUCUUCACACUUCUAUGUGGCAAGUCUUUAUCUCUGUGAAUACUAUAAAUUGAUGUGCAUUUAGCUAUCUUUAAGCGUUGUAUAGCAGUCUCCAUUUAUGGAAAACAGUCAUGGCAAAAUAAUGAAAAGGUGUUGCUGUUCAUACCUUCCAACGAUAUCAUUUGAAGGUCUGCUUUGCUAUCAUUAAACGAACUUUCGUGUAUUUUAAAUGCAUAAGUGUUGGAAAGUAUAGUGAACUUGGGAACUGGUUUUAUUUUGAAAUAUUGUUAAUUGCAAAUUCAGUGUAUAGAAUGGAAUCAAUCAAAUAAAGUGGAAAAUACAUGGUAAA